ACAAUAAGAUCCUAUUGAAUGGAUAGAACUGACACAAUGAAUCGUCGUAAUGUGGACAGUUUCACUGUAACACGCCAGAGCUCCCGCCCCGCUAGGUGGCGGUAUAACGACACGGUGGCGCUCGGUGCUGCCCCGUUCGUGCGUGUCGAAGAAGCCAAGAUGUCAGUCGCAGUGAAGGGACCCGUCGCGGUGGAAGAUGUGAAUGUCACAUUCGAUGACCAGCAGAAGAUCAAUAAAUUCGCCAGGAACACGAGUCGGAUGACGGAACUGAAAAGUGAAAUAGAGGCAAAGAAGAAAUCACUGCAGAACUUACAGGACGCCAGCGACGACCUGAUGAUGUUGGACGACGACUCGCUAUUGAUCCCUUAUCAAAUCGGUGACGUCUUCGUCAGCCACACCCAGGAAGAGACACAAGAGAUGCUGGAGACUGCAAAGGAAGCACUGGAGCGGGAGGUCAGAGGCCUCGAGGACCAAGUGUCAGCGAUACAGCAAGUGCUGGGUGACCUGAAGGUCCAGCUCUACGCCAAGUUCGGUAACAACAUUAACCUGGAGGCGGACGAAAGCUGAGCGGGUGAAAUGGACAUUGACAGCCGCCACCAGACACGGACAUUUUCAUGCAGCGCUCGUACCACACAACCGCCGGACGUUUGCCAAAACAAGCAUCCACAAGAACCGCUUAGGUCUGUAGCAUCUGGCUUUUGUUUACCACGGGUGGUGUACGUGUUUAGUUUUGGCAAGCAAAUUCACAAAUGGAAAAAAAAAAUUGGAGAUUAAAUAAAUGCACAUCAUCUCUAAUGUAUUUUAAUUGGCCGUUUAUUUAAUGUUGAUGUUUUGUUUACUCUGUUGCUCAAACUCAAGUAAAAAAAAAAAGAACUAAACGGCUGCGCAGCAUUUUAACUUUCCAGCAAAUUCAGCAUUCUGCACAGGAACCGGUUUCAUUUGUGACCCCGCUGCAUAUUUGAUUCCCCUGAAGGUUCGAAUUAAAUUAACAAAAAGUUCUCCGUUCGACACAA